AUGGCCGAUGAAGAACAUAAACAUCCGCAGAUCCAGCCCACCUCAUUCACCUUGGCGCUGCGUCCGAAAGCAAGCGACAGAGAUACAAUGACCCCACCAGCGCUCACGGCGUUGCCUCUGGGUUUGGCCUCGCCGGGUAUCUCAGUCGAAUUCCAUGGCGAUCCCGACGGCGAGCCGGCUCCGAUGUAUCCCCAUUCCGCACCGCCACAUGUCCAGAGCUUCCCCAGCCCUCUGAGACACCAUCGGAGGACACCCUCGGCUCACCGCGAGAUCAAGGAAACCCUCAAUGCACGGUCAGAUUACACCAAUGAAGACUCGGAAGGACGGUCGCACCGACGCAUCAACCAGUAUGUCAUCAAGGACGAAAUAGGGCGCGGUUCAUACGGCGCUGUUCACCUUGCUACUGACCAGUUUGGGAACGAAUAUGCGGUCAAAGCAUUCUCCAAAACACGGCUCCGAAAGCGAGUCCAGUCAGAAAUCCUCCGCCAUGGGCCAAGGCAUUCUCGCCGCUUUCCUCGGGCUGCCGGCUUCGGCGCGCCGGAUGCGCCCAUCACCGGCUUCUCGGAAGAGCGAACCAAGGAGGCCCAGGACGCCCUCUACCUCAUCCGCGAGGAGGUGGCUAUCAUGAAGAAGCUGAACCACCCCAACCUCGUCCAGCUGAUCGAGGUGCUGGACGACCCAGAAGAGGACACUCUGUACAUGGUCUUGGAGAUGUGCAAAAAGGGGGUCGUUAUGAAGGUUGGUCUUGGUGAAUCCGCAACCCCCUAUCCGGAAGAGACCUGUCGUUACUGGUUCCGCGACCUCAUCCUCGGCAUCGAAUACCUGCACUCGCAAGGGGUUGUCCACCGCGACAUCAAGCCGGACAAUCUCCUGCUCACCGACGACGAUGUCCUCAAGAUUGUAGAUUUUGGCGUGUCCGAGAUGUUUGAAAAGGCCACCAAGGAGAUGAGGACAAGCAAGUCGGCCGGCUCGCCGGCAUUCCUCCCUCCCGAGCUCUGCGUUGCGAAGCAUGGUGAUGUAUCGGGGAAGGCAGCCGACAUCUGGUCCAUGGGCGUAUCCUUGUAUUGCUUCCGCUACGGAAGGAUCCCUUUUGAGCGUGAGACCGUCUUCGAGGUGUACGAAGCUAUCAGGACCGAGACCCCCAGGUUGCCUCCCGACGAGAACCCGGAUUUCAUCGACCUGAUGGGGAGGCUGCUCGAGAAGGACCCGGAAAGGCGGAUUACGAUGGCAGAGCUUAGAGAACACCCAUGGGUGACGAAAAGGGGUACAGACCCCUUACUCAGCGCCGAAGAGAACUGCUCCGACCCGGUGGAUCUGCCCAAUCCGCUUGAGCUAAACCACGCCUUUACCAGAAAAAUGAGCCAUCUGAUAUACGUUAUGAAAGCGAUCUCCAAGUUCAAGUGUCUCCUGAAUCGCCGGCCACCCGCCCAGCAGAAGGGCAAAGGCCGCCCCGACGGCACGUCGACAACCGCAUCACAAUCCCCGCCUCCGGAAGCCAGGCCAUCCGCCGAAGAAUCCACAGCAGAAUUCGCCGCCCGCGUCCUCCGCGAACGCGAAGAAUUCUUGGCCAACGGCGGCAGGGCCAGCUUCGACCAGCUUCUCAAAUCAGCAGCCGAUCCCAGCGCCGCCGCAGGAGCUGUUACUGUUGCUGCUGCUGCUGCUGCCGCUACGGACCAGGCGCAACAACAACAACCCCCUCCCCUCUUGGGCAUCGGAACCGGCGGGAUAGACGACUUCUCCGGCACCGCCGACCAGGCCCCGGCAGCCGACAUCGUCUCCGACUCGCCCACCGUUGUGGACUUCAAUGUCUAUGACCGGGCGUUUGAGGCUGAGGUGGAGCGGAUCAAGCGCAGCACAAGUCGGCGUGCCGGCCGUGCCGGCCGUGGCAAAGUCGCGGGUGGUCCGGGGCCGAUUUAUCAGACGAGGUUCUGUGGUGGUAGUGGUGGUGGUGGUGGUGGCGGUGGGUAUUCUGCUACUACUGUGAAUGCUGCUGUGUCGGGUGGUGAGACCGAGAAUGUAUCGGCGGCGCUGGGGUGGGGUGCCGGUGAGCGCAGCACCCCGAGGAGUCUUGCCGCUGCUGCUGCGGUCGCCGGGCAAGUGGAACAAAGGGGUGGGGGGAUGAGGUUGGCAGAUUUGGUGGCACAGGCUAUGGCUGGGGCCUCCAGGAAAGCUGAGCCCAAAGGUCGUCAUGGUGAAGCAGAGGGGCAAGUUACUGUUCCAGGCCGUGAGGCGAACUGA